AUGAUACCCAACAAUAAUAACAAUAAUGUAGCAUUACAAUAUUAUAAAGGAAAAACACUUGUAUUAGACUUGGAUGAAACACUCGUUCAUUCUGUUAGACUUGGUUCUGAAACGAUAACUGAAGUCAGCCCAUCUAUUAUUCACAAGACAAUUGAAGUACAAUGUGAUAAACAAUCUUUACUGUAUGAAGUCUAUAAGCGACCACAUGUAGACUUCUUUUUGAAAACUAUAAGUCAGUGGUAUAAAAUUGUAAUUUAUACUGCCUCUAUGGCAGAAUAUGCUGACCCCGUGAUUGAUUGGCUUGAUCAAGACAACAUUAUUUCACAACGUUUUUUUCGACAAUCUUGCGUUGUUAGAAACGGUAACUUUUUAAAAGAUCUUACGCUGGCCGAAAAAGAUUUGAAUAAAGUGUGCCUCAUUGAUAAUAGUCCAGUCGCAUUUGAUCUAUAUAAAGAAAACGGAAUCGCCUUACCCACUUGGAUAUCAAACCCCAACGAUGAAAGUUUACUUGACCUUUUGCCUUUUUUAGACGCUCUAAGAUUUGCUGCCGAUGUUAGAAGUAUCCUUAGACUGCAACACUGCUGA